AACGGUCUUAACUCUACAAAUUUUUCCGCUGAAACUUACUGCCUUUUCUUACAGACUAAUCAGAAGCAGAGCCCUCAGUAUCGGGCAGUCCUUCCUGGUGAAAGGACGCCACAAUGCUGAGUUUAUUAACAACAUGACAACGAUGGUUUGCUACUAAUCCCUGUCUUGGACGGCAGCACAGUCACUUCCUCCGCCAUGGCAGAUGAUCCAAUGCUAGGCUUGUUUGACAAUGACACAACCAGUUUCCUGGAUGAGCUCACUGGCUCUGGCCCUAGUGCCAUGACGGGUAACAAUGGCGGCAUGUUGCCCAUGGGUAGCAUGCAACCGCUGCCCUCCCAGGGCGAUUCUUACCUGGGGCCCAUGACGGGACAGCACCAUCCUCAGCAAACCUACUCUCAGAUGUCGGCAAUGUCACCAGCUCAGUCUCAGUUUAAUGCCAUGUCCUCCCAGUCCUCCAUGCUUCCCCAGCAGCAGUACAACAAUGUCGGCUAUAACCAGUAUGGAGCUAACAGCAAACUACAUCAUAUGUCUGGCUCUAUGGUGGGGGGCGGUCAGACGGCUACCCUUAUGGGGCAGUCCCCACCCCAGCAGGUUCAGCAGCAGUUUUCUAGCCCGCCCCCGAGUAGCCCAAGGAUGCAGAGGGCUCCUGUGCCCUAUCAGAGUUACAGCAUGCAUGGUGGUCCAAGAAUGCCCGUACCCUCCCAACAGCAGAUGGGUAUGACUCCACAAAGUACAAACUGGAAUCCAAAUAGUCAGAUGUCCUACUUACAACAACAACAGAGGCAGUCGCAGCCACAGCAACAGGCACUCAUGGGAAGGGGAGUUCCUCAAAUGUCAAAUUAUCUUCAACAACAACAGCAGCAGCAACAACAUGACUAUGGGAUGUCAAACUCUCAGCAGAUGGCAUCUCGUUUGAGCCAUUUCCCUGACCAGUCGAGUGCUAACAGUCAAAUGGGUGGCAGUGUGAUGCAGGGUAUGGGGUCACCCUCAGCCAACAUACCCAGUAGACUGACUCACAUUCCUAUGUCUAGCCCGAACUCUAUGAACAUGCUCCACCCCAGACCCCAAGUCCAACAAUACCCAGCCACGUCACAAGCCAUGUCAGGCCAGCCUAAUGUUAAUAUGAACAGCUUUAGUUCUCAGUCCCAGGCUUUGCAGCGCAUGCCAGGAGACUUUAUGCAAAAAGGACCACAGGUUGUAAACUCAGGAGCUGCUGCUGCAGGCCCGAUGGCCACCUCCAAGCUACAGCACUACACGUUUCAGACAUCCCCUCAGAACCAAGCGAUGCCUGGCGCUCAGGGCAUGAAUGAGGCCCCACCCUUAACUCAUUUCCCAAGCCAAAGCCCCAGUCAGAACAGUCCUCUUAGUCAGUACCAGUCAUCUUACCCAAGUGGGGGACCACGAGGGCCUAUCCCUUCCCCUCGCCCAACUCCUCCACCUCCGUCCCACACCCCAACAGAACUGUUAACCUCUCCUCAGGGAAGCUUACAGCAAACUGGCAUGCAGCAGUUUGGAAGCACCAAUCAGUCUGCUGUGAAUCCAUUCCAGACACGGAUGCCUUCGACACCCUCCCCAGGGGCUACAAUGGGCAUGCCGCAGGCACAGAGGCAACCCUCGAGUGUGGCGUCUUACCAGAACAUGGGCUUUUCUUCAAACUCUAACAUGAGUCUUGGUGUGAGCACAUCGCUGGCCAAUUCUAAUAUGGUAGUUGGCCAGGCGAGUCCUAACUACAGGACACAUAUGGCUGGGGUGGGCCCCCAGCAGACAGAUAUUAACCUGGAAAUACAACAACUUCAACAGCAAGUGAAACAACUGUACAGCAUGCCUCAGACUCAACAGUCUCAGCAAAGGAUGUUGGACUUACAGGAGAGGAUGAGGAUGCUGAAAGCUCAACAGCAACAGCAAAUCCUCCAGAUACAGCAAAAACAUCGCCAGCAACAACAACAGCACAUGAUGAUGAUGCAGCAACAACAACAGCAACAGCAGCAAUCCUCGCAGAUGGGACAGGCACAGCAGGGACUGAUACCACAACCCAUCAAGUCACCCCUGUCACAGCCACAGAUUAGCCCAUCCUCACCUCGUAAACAAGUGAAUACACAGUCCACACUCCAGACCAUGGCCUCCCAGGUUCCCAUAACAACUCUCACCUCAUCACCCUCCCCACAUCAUCAGCCCCAGACGCUGCCCCACAGCCAGAUCACAGCGCCUCCACAGCAGCCCAGCAUGACACACCCCCCUCAAGUGCCUACCUCACAACCUCUACCUCAGUCAGCGGCUGGAGCGGGACCUCCUUCAGGGAUCCUCCAGCCCCAGCAGUCAGGCGGGGGUGGCCUCGGCUCCCUCAGCAACCUGUCCAGUCCCAUGGCCAGUUUGGUCCAGCUCACAGACCAACAACACCACAUGGCCUCCUCCCCUGCUCCAUUCACGCAGAUCAACCAGGCACCUGCUGCCCCGCCCGCUCCUCCAGCAGCGGAGCAGCGGUCCCCCAGCCUGGCCCUGGCUGCCAGCACACCCACGGCGCCCAAACCUGAACCCACUGCCAUAGAGCUUCCCCUGUCUGGACAGCAACCCGUGCUGCAAUCGUCUCCCUUGCAGAGCUCUCCUCUGCACACUUCUCCUGCCAUGCACACUUCUCCUGCUAUGCCGAUGCAGAUGUCUCAGAUGCAGUCCCUGCAGGACAUGCCGGGGUUGCCAUUCCACCCUCAACUGCAUGCUCAUCAGCAGGCGCCUCCAGAGGAAGACCUUCCUGCACCCAACCUGAAUCUCAGCGAUGACCAGCUGAUCAAUGUCACCUCUGACCCUAGUCCCGUGAAGAGUGCUGAAGUCUCACCAGAGAAGAAGAAGAAAAAGCGGACCAAAAAGAAGGUGGAACUCGGACCUGAUGGAGAGCCAUUGCCCAAAACCCCAAAAGCAAAGAGCCCCAAGGGGCCGCGCAAGAAGAAGGUAAAGGAUCAGGAGAAGGCAGAUCAGAUAGUGGCAGAGGCUAUAGCUAAGGCUCAAGCUACAAACACCGAGGAAUCCAGUGCACCUGUUGUUGCUCCUAACAGCAUCCCAACCCUGGUCAGUGAGAUUGCAGACAGUACGCUGGACGAGACAGACACAAUCAACAUCACGGACAUCAGCAGUGCGGAUGUCCUGGAGCCCGAGCCUGAACCUGGACUUGAGGUGGAGGCAGACACAGACGCUAAGAAACCUUUACCCAAAAAGAAAAAGGCCAAGAAAGAAGGUGUGCCAAAGGAGAAGAAAGAAAAGAAAGAGAAGAAGCCCAAAACGCCAAAAGCCAGGCCAAGCAAGAAAAAGCCACCUGCUACUUUCCUGAAGAAGAAGAAAAAGAAAGGUGGAGGUUCUGAUGUAUCUGACCUGGAUGUGACCCCUCCCCCAUCACCACAGAACGAAGAGGACUCUGGCAUUCAGAAACGGCGCUCAGCCAGGAACACAGGCACAAAGCGUAAGAAGUACCUAGAUGAACUGGAACUGAACCUGUCCGAGGAAGAGGAGGGGCCAGGAGAUGUGGAUGUGAUGAAUAAUGACGGACCUGCAGCCAUGAGAUCGGUACAGUUCUUUGUGGAUAACCCGAACGAGGAAGAUGCUGUUGUUGUUGAGAAAAUCCUUGGCAUGAGAAUGCGGAGGCGAGACAAAGAUGAGGUUGAGGCUAAUGAAGAAGAAGAGGAGGAGGAGGAAGAAGAGUUUUAUGUCAAAUACAAAAAUUUCUCCUACUUGCACUGUGAGUGGAGGACUGUUAAAGAACUGGAAAGAGACAAACGAAUACAGAUGAAGAUAAAACGCUACAAGAUGAAGCGCCUGGCUCAAAACAACUACUUUGCAGAGAUAGACGAUGAGGAACUCUUCAAUCCAGAUUAUGUGGAGGUAGACAGAGUACUGGAUGUAUCCGUGACAACUGACCCAGUUUCUGAAGAAGACGUCACCCAUUUCCUGGUGAAAUGGAGAAGUUUGCCGUAUGAUGAGAGCACAUGGGAGCUCCAACAAGAUGUGGAUCCCAACAAAGUGGAGCAGUUCUACAAGAUAAAAGAUCCACCACCUGAGGAAGAGAGAGAGUACAAAGAGAGGCCAAAGAAGGGUGACGAGUGGACAAAGCUGUCAGAGUCUCGAUUAUAUAAAAAUGACAACACGCUGCGAGAAUAUCAGCUAGAAGGAUUAAAUUGGUUGACUUUCAGCUGGUACAACAUGAGGAACUGUAUCCUGGCAGAUGAGAUGGGUUUGGGGAAGACCAUUCAGAGCUUGACCUUCUCCAACGAGGUAUUUCUGUACGGGAUUAAAGGACCUUUCUUGGUUGUGGCUCCUCUGUCCACAAUCGCUAACUGGCAGAGGGAGUAUGAGACGUGGACAGACAUGAAUGUCAUUACCUACCAUGGCAGUACACCAAGUCGUAUUAUGAUCCAGGAGUAUGAAAUGUUCCACAAAGAUGAAAAUGGUCGGCGAAUCCCAGACUUGUACAAGUUCCAUGUGUUAAUCACGACGUACGAGAUCAUCAUUGCUGAUUACGACAUCCUCAGUCAGAUUGACUGGCGGCUAGUGAUCAUUGACGAAGCUCACAGACUGAAGAAUCGCAACUGUCAACUGCUUGAGAGGCUGAAGGUCUUUAAUGUGGAACACCGUGUGUUACUGACCGGGACACCACUACAGAACAACGUGGAGGAGUUGUUCAGUUUACUCAACUUCCUGGAGCCUAAAACGUUCAGCUCAUCUCAGGCCUUCAUGGCUGAGUUUGGUGAUCUCAAGACAGAGUCUCAAGUGGACAAACUCAAGGCUAUUCUGAAGCCCAUGAUGUUGAGAAGAUUAAAAGAAGAUGUGGAAAAGAAUUUAGCUCCUAAAGAAGAGACAAUAGUUGAGGUGGAGCUGACUAACAUUCAGAAGAAGUAUUAUCGUGCAAUAUUGGAGAGGAAUUUCACCUUCUUGGCCAAAGGAGCUGGGUCAUCUACUAAUGUCCCUAACCUGAUGAACACCAUGAUGGAACUACGAAAGUGCUGCAACCACCCCUACUUAAUCAAAGGUGCUGAGGAGAAGAUUUUAGAGGAGGUGAGAGAGAAACAUGGCAGUGACACUGAGCAUGUGUUCAACGCCCUGGUCCAGUCCUGUGGUAAACUUGUCCUGAUAGACAAACUGCUGCCCAAACUACAACAGGAUGGCCACAAGAUCCUCAUCUUCUCCCAGAUGAUCAGAGUCUUGGAUAUCCUUGAGGAUUACUGUGUACAUAGAAAAUUCUUGUAUGAACGACUUGAUGGGAGGAUAAGAGGGAACAUCCGUCAAGAGGCCAUUGACCGGUUCUCCAAGCCAGACUCUGAUCGGUUUGUGUUCCUACUAUGUACAAGAGCUGGAGGGUUAGGCAUUAACCUAACAGCUGCAGACACAGUCAUUAUCUUUGACUCAGACUGGAACCCUCAGAAUGAUCUUCAGGCCCAAGCUCGCUGUCACCGAAUUGGUCAGAGCAGGUCCGUAAAGGUGUAUCGUUUGAUCACAAGGAACACGUACGAGCGAGAGAUGUUUGACAAGGCCUCCAUGAAGCUGGGCUUAGACAAGGCUGUGCUCCAGUCAAUGGGUGGAGAGAAGCCUGCAGUACAAGGAGCUGGGGGGCCAGUGUCAAAGAAAGAUGUGGAGGAGCUGUUGAGAAAGGGAGCAUACGGAGCCCUGAUGGAUGAUGAUAACGCCGGUGAUAAAUUCUGUGAGGAGGACAUAGAACAGAUUCUCCAGAGACGUACACAGGUCAUCCAGAUAGAAUCUGAGGGCAAGGGCUCCACGUUCGCCAAGGCAAGCUUCAGUGCCUCUGGUAAUCGCAGUGACAUCAGUAUAGAUGACCCUAACUUUUGGCAAAAAUGGGCUAAGAAAGCUGACCUGGAUGUGGAUGAACUGACAAAUCGGAAUGAUUUAAUCAUUGAGGAACCCAGACAACGACGUCAAACGACGCGCUAUGGGAACCAGGACAAUGUUGUGGACAUGUCUGAGCUGGAAACCUCCAGUGAUACAGACGAUGAAGAGGGCGGUCUAGGCCGACGGGGACGCCGAAGCAAAAAACGGCGAAACCGUGACCCCAAGGACGAGGAUUUUGAGGCUCCAGAGGAUGGGACAGAGGGUCGUUAUACCAGGGCUGAGUGCUUCAGGGUGGAGAAAAAUUUACUUGUCUAUGGUUGGGGCCGAUGGGGAGACAUCCUGGCUCAUGGACGUUUCAAGCGAAAACUCUCUGAGAAGGAUGUGGAGACCAUUUCCAGGGCAUUGCUGGCCUACUCACUACAGUUUUACAAAGGUGAUGAGAGAAUAAAGGGCUUCAUCUGGGAUCUGGUCUCUCCUGACAAUGAUGCUGCUCUCAAAAACCACUCAGGUUUGUCAGCUCCUGUUCCGCGUGGCCGUAAAGGGAAGAAGCUGAAGAAAGAGUCCAAAUACAUGACUCCUUCCCCGGAGCUGGACCAGUCCAGUCUACAGCUCAACUUUGAGGAGAUUCUUACAGAUAAUGGCUACAAAAAACAUUUACAAAGACAUUCAAACAAAGUACUGCUGCGAGUGCGACUCUUGUAUUACCUCAAGCAGGAAGUCAUUGGGGAUGAAGCUGAGAAAGUCUUCAUGGGUUAUCCUUCUUGUGAUAUUGACAUUCCGCCUCCUUGCUGUGAUGGUGACCCGCCGGCUUUCUGGUGGGACGAGGAGAGUGAUCGGUCACUGCUUGUUGGGGUCUUCAAGCAUGGUUAUGAGAAGUACAAUAUGAUGCGCCAAGACCCAUCAUUGGUAUUCCUUUCUCGAUGUGGCCCACCAGAUGGCGCUGCUGUGCUCGCAGAGGAGAAUGAUGAUGAGAAUGAUGAUUUUCUGGACGGAACUGGUCGUCCUGAUGAUGAUGAGGACGAGAUGGAUGUUACCCCCAGGAAGACCCCUAACCCCAUUUUACCCCCCGAACAGAUGGGGGAGGGCGGCACCCUGCCCUUUCCCUCCGUCUCUGAACUGAACACCCGUCUGCGCCGAGUGGUGACGGGCUACCAGAGAAACCACAAAAAAGAACAGAUGAGAAUGGCACAGAAAGCUAAGAGACUGGAAAGAAGAGAGAAGACUGAACUGGUCAUUAAAGAGAGAGAAAUGAAGAAGAGAGAGUCUCAACAAAACCGUUGGUCUCGCCGAGAGGAGGCAGAUUUCUACAGAACAGUUUCCACGUUUGGUGUGGAGAUGCACAAGGGCCGUUAUGUGUGGGACAGGUUUAGAUGUAUCGCCAGGCUGGACAAGAAGUAUGACCACACACUCACCGAGUACUUCCUGGCCUUCUACCACAUGUGUAAAGCUGUCUGUAAGAAAUUCAAGGAUGAGGAAGACGCUUCACCCCCCAACAAUAUUUAUGUAGAACCAAUCACAGAGGAGCGUGCUAACCGCUGCCUGAAUCGUAUAGACCUUUUGACCCGGAUCAGACAGGAGAUUCUGAUCCAUCCUAAAUUGGAGGAGAGGCUCAAGCUGUGCCAGCCCUCAUUUGACAUGCCAGAGUGGUGGAUCUGCGGUAAACAUGACAAAGACCUCCUGAUUGGUGCCGCCAGGCAUGGUGUGGCCAGAACAGACUACCAUAUACUACAUGAUCCCACCUUGUGUUUCCAAGAAGUGAUACAGUGUAAAACUAGCCAGUUGUACGGGGCUAACCGAAAUCUGCGCAGCUUUAAAGAUGAGGCAGGAGAGGAAGAAGAAUUGGACGAUCGUCCACCGCCAGAACUCAAAAGAGAGGGAUCCCCAGAACCUUCUGACCUUUCAGCGAAGGUCAAGGCUGAGGUCAAAGGUGAGGAGGAAGACAUGGAGACAGACAGUGUGGCCGAAGAGAAGCGAGAAGAAAACAAGGAUGAUGAAAAAACUGAGGACGUUACAGAAGGAAAGGUUGAGAGAAGCAGCUCUCCAAAGCAUGAGCCCAAAUCUCCCAAACCUGAGCCUGAAUCUCUCAAGUCUGAGCCCAUGUCUCCUACAGCUGAGCCUGAAUUGGCGAAAGAGGCUGUGUCGCCCAAAGAGCAACCAAAGUCUGCACAGAAGGAGAAGAAACCGCAGGAAGAGGCUGGAUCUCCAUCAGCCAAAACCAACGGUGAUGUGGAGGAUGCAGAGAAGAGCUCAGAAAUGGAGGGGACACUUGUGAUAGAUAUGUCUGCAGAGUCUAAAACGGAGGAGAGCAUGGAGAAAAAUGAUAGCAAGAUUGCUGGGGCAGAGAAGGAGGUCAGUGAGAAGGAGAAGGACCCCAGUGAGAAAGAAGAAUCCAAAACAGAGGUUGAGAAGGCAGGGGAUGACGCAGAUGAUAAACCUAAGGAUGAGACUGUUGAGAAAAGCGAAGCUGAUAGUGAUGCAAAGAUACAUGUGAAAGAUGUGACCAAAGAUGUGAAGGAGGAGAAGAAAGGGGAUGAAGAGGCCAACACAGAGCCAUCCCAAUCUCAGGAGCCUGUAAAUCUGGGUGCUGGACUGGACGAGACAGGAAACCUGGAUGUGUUUGGGAAGGAGGCUACAGUGGCUGAACUGCUGGCCAGAUCUGUCAACAACUCCUCGAUACAGUGGCCUAAGGACAAGGUGAUAUUCCAUAGACUGGAGCAUGUGUGUUAUACCAUAGUGAAUGGGGAGUGGCCUUUGACCCGACGGAGCUACCUGUUACCUGGGGGUGAUUCGAGAAGUGGUACACCGGUGGGAGCUUCUACACCCAAGUCAGAGAGCCUGGCUGGGGACCACAGUCUGUCCGAUGCGCCUGACUCGGCAGUGGAGGGCUUUAAGGUGAACAUGGGUGAUGAUGAUGAUGAUGAAGUGACCCGCGAUAUUAGCGUCCACGUUUCUCAGAAUGAAGGGCUGAAGAUGACAUUCCAUAAACGUCGCCGACGGAGAAAGCAAGAGAUUGAAGAGGAGAGGGGUAAGCUCUCUCGGACGAGACUCCAUCAGUUGAUGAACCAAAGUGCGAUGUCCAGUGAUGGAGAGAGUCAGGGAGAAGUGCUCAACUUCAGCUCUACACCACUGCGUGGUCAUUCUUCCUCUAUGGAUAAGCUGGUGAAUGGGAGCAGUCCGCGAUUGGAUGAAUCGGCCUUGAUGGCGUACGCCCAUGCACAGGCCGCGGCACGGGUGCAGGCCGCUCGAGCCACGGCGCAGGCCCAGGCUGCACAAGCUGCCCAUGCUCUGGCCCAAGCUCAUGCCAGGAGUAUGGGUGAACCAAUAAAAAAACGCCGAGGUCGUAAAAGGAAGGCUGACAAGAUCGCCGAGCUUGAAGCCGCCGCACGUGCGGCAGCUAUGAUGGAAGCUGAACGUCAGGUGAAGAGGAGGGCCAUGGAGGCUGCGCUCAGUGCCGCUGACAUGAGGGUACCAGUGAUCAAUCUAGAGGAUGGUAGCAGAUUGUCAGGGAAGGAUGCACCCCGCCGCCAUGAGCUGGACAAGUGGCUAGAUGAACACCCUGGUUACAUGUUAGAUCGUCCCGACAUGGAGGAAGAAUAUCUUCAGUUACACAUGCAGGAGGCAUUGGGGAGGAGGAGAGGUCGACGGCCACGACUAGACCCUGCUAAACUAGACGCAAGCAGCCUGACUGGAGAAGAAAAUGUUUCUGUGAUUAACCGUGAAACUGGGAAAAAGAUAACUGGAGCCAAGGCACCACCCCUGAAGUACCUUGCAGAAUGGCUUCAACAGAACCCUAUGUUUGAUGUGGAUCCCAAAUGGGCGGAACUUGUCCGUGCUAAGGGAAACCUUCCAAAGAGUAUGGAGUCACGAGUGCUGGUGCCCUCAGAAAGAAGGCGAAGGACUAAGGACAUGGGGUACCCGUCUGGCAUGCUGGGUGACUUCCCCUUUCCCCUGAUGGGCUCCAUGGGUGGACUGUCAGCGGCCAGUCUUGCUAGUGCCGGGCUUAUGGCAAACUUUCCCAAACUGCCGCUUAACGUACCGUUCGGGGCAUUACCUAACCUGAGCAUGACCAAUCCUAUGUUAGGGCUGGGAGGAUUCGGACUGCCAGGUAUCCCUGUGUCGAGUGCAGCGGCCGCAGCCGUGGCCAGCAUGUCUGAGGCUUCAGAGGAGAAGAAACAGAAGGAGUCCAAGUCCAGUGAGAAAGAGCGCAAGUCACCUAAAUCCAGCAGCUCCACCCCAACGCCCCACCCGUCAUUCCCGAUCAUGUACAACCCCCUGCUGUACAACCCCCUGUUUGCUGCCCAGGGCCUGAGGAACUUCACCCUACCCCCUAACCUGCCCACGUCCUUCGCGUCGCUGGCUCAGGCAGGCUUCAGUAACGGCACGGCCGAUAUGGAACCAGAAGAAGAGGGAGAAGUGAAGUACUAUAAGGACAAUGCUCAGAAUGAGGCACAAGAUCUCUCUGUCCGACACUCAAAGGACAAAAAGACAGUGCGUGAAAAGUUGGAGGAGCUUCGAGCUCGGCAAAGGGGCAAUGAGCAACACGGUGGGCGGUCGGAGAGAAAACGCAGCCGUGUGUCGGACAUUGUUCAAGAUCUCACCCUGAAAAGACGUGCCGCUUCACCCGAGAAACCUCAAGACUUGACUGUGAAACAAAAAGAAAUUAAGCCAAAUCGCAUCAUAGAUAAAUGUAACAAAUCUAAAGUAGAAGGAAAGCUAGAACGGCUUGUGGCUAAGUUAAAAGCUGUGGAUAAAUCUCGUCCCACAUCUUCCACAACGGCCGCGGCCGCAACCUCUGGGUCUCAGGCCACAGACUCUGUCCCCACACCCCCUAAAGACGAUACCUCUACCUCACUGUCCCAGACAGACUCCUCGCCAGAGAAAAAAUUGUCUAAAACAGACAAGCAAGGUGCUGAUCCUAGCUCAGACAAUACCAAACCAGAGAGUGAGGAAACAGCGAGUUGUUCAGACAAGGGAGAGAACUGUGACAAGUCUGACUCUGAUCCUGCGAAGGCAGUCAGUGAAAGUGAGGAGAAAAAAGAUACAAAGACAUCAGAGCCAGAGGACAAAAGCUCAGCUGAGUAACCAUGGCGACUGCCCCCGUGGUGGAGGCAGCAGCCAUUUUUGGAUGGUGAUGAUCAUCAUGUUAGUGACUUGAUGUGUUGUAUGUGACCUGUAGACCAAAUGAUACCCCAUUGAGUUCAGUUAGCACCUUUGUAAAUAUUCAUUACUUACACUGCUGUGUCUUUAUGAUAUUGCAGGUUGGAAAUUUCUGGGUUUUUUUUUUUUUUUCCUUUUUUUGGACAAAAUCAUGAAUUCUUUCUCAUCUGGAGAAGGCGAGGUUUGUUUUAUGUCAUUUAUUUUUUGUUUUCAUGAGUUGUGUACAAUAUGAUUGUAAAUUCAGAGUCAUGGCCUAAUAAUUGUUUAAUUUGUGUUUACUGAAAUUGUUGACUAUCUUUUUCAUGGCAGAGACAUGAAGUUACUUAGGGCGUGACGUUGACAUUGUACACAUUCUGUUUGGUCAUGUCCUCAUGACCUCUUUCUGCUGCUGCUGAUGCAGGAAGCUUUAUCUCUGAGACUCCCAGGCACAGUGCCCUGUGUUCGUACCACACACACUAUAUACCUCAGCCAGGAUGUCAAGUCUGGCACCCGCAGGGUGAUGGCGGGGACAGCACCCUCCUUGGAACCACACAUCUGUGCUGUGGUUUGUGUGGUCUUGCGCGUGCUCUGAUAACCCCCAAGUGGUCUGGAUACCCCAGGUUCAGACAGCAGAAUAAGUUGGAGGAUUUGCUCAAGGUGGUCAGUGCAGCUGUCCAGUUUUCCGGAGACUAUUGUCAUCAAUUGUCGUGUGGUGUUAGUGUUAUCUUAUGUGCAGCUGUACAGCUGACCAUUAACUGUUGCAUUACCCUCCUUUCGUAGUUUACAAUGUGACUGUCACAUCAUUGUUCUCUAUACUAUCGCCUGGUUUCUUAGUCUUGUGUGCAAAUGUGACUAUCACACCAUUGUUAUCGAUACUCGUGCCUGGUUUCUUAGUCUGCUAUACAAAUGUGACACUCACACCAUUGUUCUCUAUUCUAGCUCCUGGAUCUUAGCUCACUAGUUUGACUGUCACAUCACUGUUAUCUAUACUCACGCCUGGUUUCUUAGUCUGCUAUACAAAUGUGACACUCACACCAUUGUUCUCUAUUCUAGCUCCUGGAUCUUAGCUCACUAGUUUGACUGUCACACCAUUGUUAUCGAUACUCGUGCCUGGUUUCUUAGUCUGCUAUACAAAUGUGACACUCACACCAUUGUUCUCUAUACUAGCUCCUGGAUCUUAGCUCACUAGUUUGACUGUCACAUCACUGUUAUCUAUACUCAUGCCUGGUUUCUUAGUCUGCUGUACAAAUGUGACUGUCACACCAUUGUUCUCUAUACUAGCUCCUGGAUCUUAGCUCACUAGUUUGACUGUCACAUCACUGUUAUCUAUACUCAUGCCUGGUUUCUUAGUCUGCUAUACAAAUGUGACUGUCACACCAUUGUUCUCUAUACUAGCUCCUGGAUCUUAGCUCACUAGUUUGACUGUCACAUCACUGUUAUCUAUACUCAUGCCUGGUUUCUUAGUCUGCUAUACAAAUGUGACUGUCACACCAUUGUUCUCUAUACUAGCUCCUGGAUCUUAGCUCACUAGUUUGACUGUCACAUCACUGUUAUGUAUACUUGCGCCUGGUUUCUUUGUCUGCUAUACAAAUGUGACACUCACACCAUUGUUCUCUAUUCUAGCUCCUGGAUCUUAGCUCACUAGUUUGACUGUCACAUCACUGUUAUCUAUACUCAUGCCUGGUUUCUUAGUCUGCUGUACAAAUGUGACUGUCACACCAUUGUUCUCUAUACUAGCUCCUGGAUCUUAGCUCACUAGUUUGACUGUCACAUCACUGUUAUGUAUACUUGCGCCUGGUUUCUUUGUCUGCUAUACAAAUGUGACUGUCACACCAUUGUUCCGGAAAUGAGCUCCUGUAUCUUAACUCACAAGUGUGACUGUUACAUCACCGUUAUCUAUGCUUGUGCCUGGUUGUCUAGUCCUCUGUACAAAUGUGACUGUCACACCAUUGUUCUCUAUUCCAACCCUUGGUAUGGUACACCUCUGUGCUCUGUCAGCCUGAUUCACGCACAAAGUUUGCAACAAAGCUGUUCAAAGUCCUGCAAAUGGCAUUUUGUAUCUGCAGUAAUAUUUGAAGAUGAUACAUGUAAUUACAGACUGCACAACCUUAAUUUAUAAGUUAUUUCUGAAACCAGCAGAUGAUGUAAGCGAUGUUCAGUACAGGUAUGGCCUAAGCCAGAUUUUGUUCUUUCAGGAGAUAUUAUUUUUUUUUUUUGCUUGUGCUGAAUAAACAAAUUAUUUUCAAGCUAAAUAAGCAUGUCAAAUUUUCUGUUUUUUAGACGGUAAGUUUUUGUUACCUCAUAGAUUUGGAAAGUUGAAACUUCUGCCCUGUUCUGUUAAAAAUUCAUUAGAACAAAACAAUCAGAAGAAUGCUUUGUCUUGAUUAAAGAAACUGACAUAAUCAAAAUAACAUAAUUGAGACUGUUCCGUCAGUCAGGUAGAAAAACUCAGUAAAAAGCAUGGAUUGUUUUGAAGAGUUAUUUGUUUUAUACCAAGAUUCUAAGAUUGGACAUACGUCCAAAGUAAAUGUUGCAAGAGUAACAAUAGUGAUACGUUAAUGAAAUUUUGUACUAAGCUGUUUGUGUUUUUGCCUCUUCCAGUGAGUUUGUUACAAGAAAAUGGGUUGACAUUUAUAUUUGUCAUCGUAGUUACUUUUGUAAAUAAAGUACUGUGGUGAAAUCUGAAGAACCCAUUGACCUGCAUACUAAAGAAACUUGAAGCUGUUUGCUUAACUUUUAUAACUUAACUUUGGAAUCCGCCAUCAGCUAAUGAAUUAAAUGCUUAAUGAAUGAGAUGUAAAAUCAAAGUGGCCCACAUCAGGAACAUUCCGUUUAUACCAGUUAUGUUAAACCUGAUUCCAGUCCUCGAGAGAUCCCAACAUGUUAUACUUCCGUUGUUAAACCAUGUGUGUGUGUGUUUUUUUUUUUUUAUAUGAAUUCAUGUGUUCGGUCAUUUUGAGGUUCGUGUUGAUACAGUGGGUGUUUCGCGUAGGUGAUUUAGUUGGGGGUUUCCCCCUAAAUCCCCCCAAUCCCCACUCUCUUACAAUGUGUAGUUUGUAAGGGGGACUGGACAUGACAUAUGCAAUUCACUCAUCAGGAACAUGUUGUCGAUAUCACUAACUUAUUUUCUACUUGGUAAAUUAUUCAGCUCUGUACAACAAACUGGGUGCUGUACACUGACCACAUGCCCGGGCUGUCAACUCUCUGUAAUCAGCAUCUAUAUGUAUUUAUUGAAACCAGAUUUUGUAACAAUGGUUAUUUUUUAUUAAAGUAUGGCUUUCAUGUCAAUAUA